UACAAUAACUUAGUUUCCCAAACCAGAAACGGACCGACGAAUUUCCAUAAAGCCACAAGGAAAGUUACUCUUUCGGGUAAAAGAGAGACGACAGUACUCGAUCAGUCACAAAAUUAUGGCGGGAGAGGAAUCCACGCCGUACUUGGAAGAGCUCCGCCAUCUCCGGAGCAUGGCCAAGCACCCCAGCAUCAUCAGCCUCCUUUCCUCUGAGAUUUCCAGUUUGGAAAAGGAUCAAUCUCCACCACUACCGCCGCAAUCUUCACCACCGCGCCUCACCCAAGAGGCCACGUCAGCCGCUGAGAAGGCAAAGCAGACUAAUGUCACGGCAAGAUCAUGCGGCAAGAAAUAUGUAGCAAGUGAAGAUGAAAAGGAUCCGACGAAAUACUAUGAAAACAGGCUGAAUUACAUUGCUACCCUGAAAAAUCCAUAUCCCCAUGAAUCCUCUGUUUCAAAGAGUAUAACUGAAUAUGUGAAGGAGUAUGAAGGCCUCCUCAAGGACCAACAAGGGGUGCAUCUUGAGAAUGUCACAGAAUCCUUGGCUGGAAUGGUCAUGAAACAAAGAUCCUCCGGCCCAGGGUGUUUCUUUUAUGAUUUAUGUGGUGAUCGAGCUCGAGUACAAAUUUAUGCUAGUGCCAGCAAUUCGGAUAUGGAUAAAUCUGAAUUUGUUAAGAUCCACUCUAAUGUGAAGCGCGGUGACAUUGUUAAUGUGACCGGGUUUCCAGGUAAAACAAUGAGUGGCCAGAUCAGCAUUUUUGCAAGAUCAUUUGUAGUCUUAGCACCUUGUCUCCACAUGAUGCCUACUGUCAAUCCAAAGAAAAUAACUGAGGAAACUGAAGAAUGGGGUCCCGGACGUCCCAGGAAUCCUGAAACAUACAGUUUAAAAGACCAGGAAACUCGCUAUCGUCAGCGUCACCUGGAUUUAAGGAUAAACCCUGAUGUUCAACGUAUAGUGGUGGAGACCAGGAGUGAGAUCACUUUCUAUAUUAGGAGGUUUCUUCAUAGUCGUCAGUUCCGUGAAGUUGAAACUCCAAUAUUGAACACGACUGCUGGUGGAGCAACUGCGCGUCCUUUUAUGACGCAUCACAAUGAACUUGACAUGCAACUUUACAUGCGCAUUGCACCCGAACUCUAUCUUAAACAGCUAGUUGUUGGUGGAAUUGAACGCGUUUUUGAGAUAGGCAAACAGUUUAGGAAUGAGGGUAUUGAUCUGACACAUAAUCCUGAGUUCGCUACCUGUGAAUUCUAUCAGGCUUAUGCAGACUAUAAUCACAUGAUGGAGCUCACUGAGGAAAUGUUGAGUGGAAUGGUCAAGGAACUUACAGGUGGAUAUAAGAUUAUGUAUCAUUCAAAUGGACUUGAUAAGGAUCCAAUUGAGAUAGACUUCACACCCCCUUUCAGACGGAUUGACAUGAUUGAGGAAUUAAAUAAGAUUGCAAAUCUUGAAAUAAAUCCGGAGGAUCUCUUCAGUGAGGAAGCUAACAGUGAUCUGAAGGUCGCGUGCAAGAAGUAUGGGAUCCAAUGUCCACCUCCUGAAACAACAACUCGUUUAUUGGACAAGCUUGUUGAUCACUUUUUGGAAGAGCAAUGUGUGAAUCCAACAUUUAUAAUCAACCAUCCUGAGAUAAUGAGUCCAUUGGCAAAGUGGCAUCGAUCAAGACCUGGCUUGACAGAACGCUUUGAAUUGUUUGUCAGCAAGCAUGAGCUUUGUAAUGGAUACACUGAACUGAAUAAUCCUAUUGUCCAACGCCAACGAUUCGCUAAUCAACUCAAGGAUAGACAAUCCGGUGAUGAUGAAGCAAUGCCUUUGGAUGAAGGGUUUUGUAGAGCUCUUGAAUAUGGCUUACCUCCAACAGGUGGUGUGGGAAUUGGCAUUGACCGCCUUUGUAUGCUUUUAACUGAUUCUGUGAACAUUAAGGAAGUCAUCCCCUUCCCAACCAUGAAGCCACAGGAUCAGCCUUCAGCUAGACCCAGCUAGAAGUACUAAUUCUUAUAAUUUGCAAUAACUCUCUUGACAUAAUUCAAGAAGCUCUUCGUCGCGCUGGUGUGUAAAUAUGUAGUGUUUAAGAAUAAGAAUACUCCACUUCCUUUAAAUCAAGUUUGUGUUUGACAUGA